UUCGCUGAGACUCGGUCGAUUUCCUCAAUGCAGCAGAAGAGCGCAAAGGAAGGAAGAAAGAUGGAAGCUCACCGUCGUCACCACCAUCAUUAUUGACGAUGAAGAUCAAGCAGUACUCCAACGUCCUCGACAAGCCUCUCAGCAAGGGCAAGCAAGAGGUCAGUUUGAGUGCUUUUUCUUUCUUGUUCUCGGAGCUUGUUCAGUAUAACCAGACUCAGGUUGACAAUAUCGCAGAGCUAGAGCGCAGGCUGGAGGAUGCAGGCUACUCCAUAGGAGCUCGAGUUUUGGAACUUCUUUGCCACAGGGAAAAGGGAAAUAGGAGGGAAACCCGUUUGUUGGGUAUUCUAUCUUUUGUACACAGCACGGUGUGGAAGGUUUUAUUUGGCAAGGUGGCUGAUUCACUUGAAAAGGGGACUGAAAACGAAGAUGAAUACAUGAUUAGCGAGAAGGAGCUCCUUGUAAACCGGUUUAUAUCUAUACCUAAAGAUAUGGGGACGUUUAACUGUGGGGCAUUUGUGGCUGGAAUAGUAAGGGGUGUUCUGGAUAGUGCUGGAUUUCCAGCUGUCGUAACUGCACACUUUGUUCCUGUGGAGGGGCAACAAAGACCUAGAACUACAAUCUUGAUAAAGUUUGCAGAAGAGGUUUCUAUCCAACUACUCACCCGUUUUAUGUUGUACUUAGGAGAGAAGCAAGACUGGGUUGAGUUCCUUGCACAUUCCUGCGUUACUUUCCUCAACUUGGAUUCAAUUCAUAUGGUCAUGAUGGAGAAUUUGGCUGCUGCAAAGUAGUUUUCACUUGCCAGAGACUAUGUCAUUUCCAAUAUGCCCCUAUUUCCAGCUUGACUAUGAGCGAGCAUGGGAUCUAGUGACAAGUAAUGGUCUUAACCCAGACACGAUAUUUGAAUUAUAACGUUCCAGUUCAUGUUGUUGCCCAAAAAAUGGGGUCGAACGAAUGUUUGAGCAAUACUGGUGAUGAUACAGACACAGCUCUUGUAUUUGGCAGUCAGCAAUGACAGUGAACGCCGGUCUGUAAUGAUACGUCGAAGCUGACUAUUCUAUUUCAAUCGAAUUUUUGUAUGUUUUCCUUA